AUGCCAGUAGUGGCGCCCUCUUUCAAGCUAGCAAGCCGCACUUUGACAGUGCCCAUCGUCACUCGUUCGUCGCUCGAGGCUGCCCACAUACUCUACUCUACACCUCUCCCGACCGGUACCCCAUUCAAGUCGACGUACCAUACCCAUACCGGCAUGUCCUCCACCCUCCCUCGUUUCCUCCACGUCACCAGGCUGGUCCUUUCGUUGUCGUUGUCUGUAGUAGCUGUAGCGUUCCUCCCCGUCGCACUCGCCCAUGGGGACUCCCCCUCCUCCUCCUCCUCCGGUGCCGCUGUUGUCGCCCCUACCCCCGCCUCCGCCAGCUCUGCACACGCAUCAAUGGUGCCCUACCUCCACUUCACCCCGGGGGUAGACACGAUCUUCUUCCUAGGCUGGGUCCCGCGCAGCGCAGGCGCGAUCGUCGGGACGUGUAUUGGGCUGUUCGUAUUGGCGAUUAUGGAGAGGUGGGUCGCGGCGAUGAGGGCACGCGCGGAGGCAUUCUGGAGGUACCGAGCCCACGUCCGAGUCCUGCGAGGCGACGCUCCGUCCGCCAGCCCAAACGCACUCGAGAAGACCUACAUCCUACAUACCACUGCUUCGUCCUCCUCCUCGUCCUCCUCCAGCGCUACGCGCGCGGCUGCGGACAAAACGCCGACCUUCAACAUCCUCAUCGGCACUCCCACUAGUGCACCCCCGUUCAUCCUCACAUACACUCUCGCCCGGGGUGCGAUCCACGCACUCCAGGCGGCGCUAGGCUUCGCAUUCAUGCUGGUCGUCAUGACGUACAACGCUGGGUACAUCCUCUCCAUCAUCCUGGGCUUGGGCGUGGGCGAGGCGGUUUUUGGACGGUUCGUCGUCGGUGGAGUCGGUGGAGGGGAGGGUCCGCAAUAG